CACGAGCUGGGCACCAACCAACUGCCGGCCGUCUACAAUCGCUGAAUCGCCAUCAAACACACUCAAAACCUAACCACAAGAAGCCGAGCUUGCUUUGCAACGCAAAACCGUCGAGCUAGGCCACACCAUGAAACUGCUCUCCUCCGUGCUGUUCCUCUUGCUCGUCGUGCCUGCUACGUGCAAGUCUUCCACGCUGGAAGACGCGUGCAGGUCCUUCGCCGCCGGCCACCCGUCCAUCGGCUACGACUACUGCAUCAGAACCUUCCAGGCCGACAGGGCGAGCGCCGCGGCGGCCGACGCGCGCGGCCUCGCCACCGUCGCCGCCAGGAUCGCGGGGGCGAAGGCCAACGCCACGGCCGCGCGCGUCGCGGCCCUAAGCGCCGUGGAGACGGACGCGAGGCGGCGGGACCGGCUCGCCGUGUGCGCGGAGGUGUACUCGGACGCCGUGGACCAGCUCGCCCAGGCCGCGGAGGACCUCGCCCGCGGCGAGGGCGCCGGCGCCGACGACGCGGUCACGCAGCUCAGCGCGGCGCUGGACGCGCCCGGGACGUGCGAGGACGCGUUCGGCGAGGCCGACGACACGUCGCCGCUGGCCGGGGAGGACGCCGAGUUCAAGAAGCUGGCGACCCUCGCCCUCGCCGUCGCGGCGUCGCUGACGCCGCCGGCGCCAGCAUCGCCGGCUACACCGAUGAUUAGUGAUUAACUCCAUCCUAAGUUCAGUAAUGUGCUUAAUGGAGUACGUAAUAAGCAUGGACAAGGAGAGUGUUUAACUAUCUACUCCUAGAAUGUUUUUGAGUUGUUUGCGUUUGGUUUCCCUUGUUGUAUGGAGUUUGGUUGGUUGUGCAGUGCCGUGCAUGCCUCGCAUGCAUGCGAUGUGGUGUGGUGUGGUGUGGUGUGGUGGGCGAGUGGCGUCUGGAAUCCGUGUCGCGCCUUUUGCUGGUCUUUGAACGUGGAUUGUUAGCUGUGCGGGACA